CCCACAACCCACAAUGUUCAAGCCCACAGAGACGGACAGGCAAUAAUGCAACCGUCUAUAGGAAGCCCACAGAAGAGUCCCACAGUAGAGCAGUGCAAUAUCCCACGGCCCACAGCCCUCAGUGUUAAAAGCCCACAAGUGUGUAGUUGGAAGAGUACUUUGCAGUACGGCCUAGCUGCUGUGUCAGUCAGUGAGAACCCAGCUGGAAAAGAGAUGGUAUUCUCUGAUCCUGGAGUUCAAGCUUGCUCCAACUGCCAGUCCACUGAUGCCAGUGAUGGAGGCAGAUGA